AAUAUGAAAGUUUCACAAUUCCGUCUGACUCUUGACAACCAUUUGACAACGAAAAUGGCUCGUACCAAGCAGACUGCUCGUAAAUCAACUGGAGGAAAGGCUCCCAGGAAACAGUUGGCUACUAAAGCAGCUCGUAAGAGUGCGCCUGCAACUGGAGGAGUCAAGAAGCCCCAUCGCUACAGGCCAGGAACAGUCGCUCUUCGUGAGAUUCGUCGUUACCAGAAGAGUACUGAGCUCCUGAUCCGUAAACUCCCGUUCCAACGACUUGUUCGUGAAAUCGCUCAGGACUUCAAGACCGACCUGAGAUUCCAAAGUUCAGCUGUGAUGGCCCUCCAGGAAGCUAGCGAAGCCUACCUCGUUGGUCUCUUUGAAGACACCAAUCUCUGUGCCAUCCACGCCAAGAGGGUCACAAUCAUGCCAAAGGAUAUCCAACUGGCUCGUCGUAUUCGUGGAGAGAGAGCUUAAAUCAAGCUACAAUUAAACGAAAUCGGCCCUUUUCAG